CACAUUCUCUCUCUAUAUCUAUCCGUGUGUGUAAAAACACACUGCUACUGUGUGUUUGUCUGUUAAAAAGAAAUCUGCUUUUUUUUUCUUUAUUAUCUCUUUGCUUGCUUUUUGGUCCCUCCAAUUACUUAUAAGCUCUGAAUAUAUUGUUAUUAUUUAGAACCCACCUGCAAAAAUCUCUCAUUUCUUCUUCAAUCUUCUCAAAUCAAUUCUUGAUCAUAAAUGUAGUAGUUUUAGUAAGUAAUUGUCUUCUUUUAUUUACUGUGCACAUAACCUGUUCGAUGAAAUUUCAUUAAGCUGAUUCUUAUUUUCACUCAUAACCCAACUCAGAUUUUCUAAUGGAACUCUCAAAUCAUCAUCAUCAUCAAGAAGAUGAUAUUCCAGUUCCGAUCAACACUUCAUAUAGUGGUCACAUGAUCCAUCAUCUUGAAUUACCCAUUUCCUCAGCUCCUCAAAUUCACUCCAAUGGUAAUUCUACUCUCAUCCCAUCUUCUGCUGCAGUAGACGUUCUUGAUCAUGACCAUGGGGCGGCGGCGGCGGUGGCGGCGGUUGUGCCAUACAAGAAGCCGGCGGUGAUAAGGUACAGAGAAUGUCUAAAGAACCAUGCAGCUUCCAUGGGUGGGAAUGCAACUGAUGGGUGUGGAGAAUUCAUGCCAAGUGGGGAAGAAGGUACAAUUGAAGCAUUAACAUGCUCUGCUUGUAACUGCCAUAGAAACUUCCAUAGAAAAGAAGUAGAAGCUGGUGAUUACUUCCAUAAUAUGAGAACUCAAAGGAAACUUCUUUUGACCCAUCAUCAUAAUAAAACCAUCUUAGGUUCAGCCCCGGAUCAGGGUAGUAAUUUAGGGUACCCUACAGCUACCGGUGCCCUUAUUCCCUCAAGAUCAGCACCACACCACCAUCAGAUGAUAAUGUCCUACAAUAUGGGUCCCAUUCCUUCAGAGUCUGAUGAACAAGAAGAUGGUGGUGGGGCUUUCUCCAGACCAGCUCAUAGCCAUCAUAAUUAUAAUAACCACCACCACCAACAGUACCACCAUCAGCAUCAUCGGGUUGGGAAGAAGAGAUUCAGGACAAAGUUUUCUCAAGAACAGAAGGAGAAAAUGUUAAACUUUGCUGAGAAAGUUGGAUGGAAGAUUCAGAAACAAGAGGAAUCCAUUGUUCAACAGUUCUGUCAAGAAAUUGGAGUCAAGAGGAGAGUGUUAAAGGUUUGGAUGCAUAAUAACAAGCACAGUCUUGCCAAGAAGAACAUUAACUCAGCCAUUGAUCAUCAUCUUCCUUAAGAAAUACUAUGAUUAAUUCAGGUUCUUCUUUUUGUUCUUGUUCUUGUUCUUGUUCUUGUUCUAAUUCAUGAUCAUCUUUGGUCUAUUGAGUGAAAGACAUCUGUUUGGAUAGCUAGGGUUAAUUAAUUAUUAGUAGUUGUGAUGGGUAAUGUUUAAUCUAUUUAAUUAAGAGGAUUGAUCAUAGGGUUUGGUUACUUAUCUUUUUAUGUAUGAUCAUUUUGAAGAUC